CCCAUGGCCCAAAUUGAACUUGACAGGAAAAGAACCCAGAUCAAGAAUUGCCUCAGAUACCUGUAUUUAAGCUCACCUAGUCUAUAUGAGCGUCUACAAGCAGAAUAUGAAAAUUAUGUAUUGCUUUCACAUUCCUGUCCCCAAGGAUCUGCAACAUCCCAUCCCGUCAUUCAACCACAGAUAUCUGAAAAUCUUGACCAACUUAGUCAGUGUCUAGAACAAACACAAAACACUUUAGUUGGUCAACCACAGCAGUGGGAAGGUGGUUUUCAAGUUGGUCCUAGUAAACCAACCCCAGGGUUCCAAUUGGCACCCCUUUCUUCAAAAAAUGUGCAUUCCACCCAAAUUGCACAAUACUCAGCUGAACCCAAUAAUACACUUGAAGCACCACCAGAAAAUGAAUUCAAUCCAGAAUGGUUGAAAUAUCGGCAUAUGUACUUAGAACAAUUUUAUAAGUCAAUGGGAACACAUCAAGCUGGUCCUUCCACCUCUCAAAGAGGCCCAGUAUCCCCCUUUAAUGAUAGUCAAGCCCAAAUUUCUCAAAAUAAAGAUCAAUUAACCCCUCUACAACAAGGUGAUUAG